GGAGCUGUUCAUGAAUUUCGCAUCCCACUUCCGAUGGUGACAAUUAUUCAGAGUGGCAAGCAUGGCCUUGGGAAAUCUAACUGCAUCAAGGAGUACAUGGUUGUCCCAGGAAUUGGCAUGACUAUAGACAAGGCUAUUCAACACAUUCAGCAUAUCAACAGUUAUGUGGCAAAAUCAUUUGUAUCCAAAAUGGGAGUGUCUGCCAAGUUUGUGAAUGAGUCUGGUACUUUGUGCCCAACGCUGGACACACCCACACAGGCCCUUGACCUACUGCAGGAAGCCAUCAACGCUCAGGGACUGACCAUCGGGGAAGACAUGUAUCUGGCUGUUAAUGCUGCUGCUCAUGAGUUCUUUGACUUUGAAAAGGGCAAAUAUGAAAUAGUAGCUGGUCAGCUUAAGACGAAUGACGACAUGGUGGAAUUCUGGGCUGAUAUGAUAGCCAAAUACCCCUCCAUUGUGGCUGUCAUUGAUCCAUUGAGGGGACAGGAUUCAGAAGCUUGGAUGAAGCUGUGUGAGCGUGUCAGUGAAGUGACAUACAUUGUGGGUGACCAUUUCUAUGUCAGACCAGGUCUUUUGAAUCAAACUGAAAUCCCUUCUCCAGUGCGCACAAGUGGGAUUGUCAUGUACCUGGAAAAAAUAACGAGCGUGUCAGACAUCUACACUUGUGCCAACAAACUUCGUG